CCUUUUCACUUCUGUCGUUUCAAAACCAGCACGGAUUUCUAAUCCGUCCACCAUGAGUAAUAAUUCCAAUAAAGAUCGGUUCGACAUGUCCGAUCUCGGUGGUUCCCUCCCCGCCGCUGCCGCCGCUUUGAGUGCCGAGGAUCGUGCUGGCUUAGUCAACGCGCUCAAGGAUAAGCUUCAGAAUUUGGCUGGGAAGCAUACGGAUAUACUCGAGACUUUGACGCCACCAGUUAGGAAGCGUGUAGAUGUUCUAAGAGAGCUUCAGAGCCAACAUGAUGAGCUGGAAGCAAAGUUUUUCGAGGAGAGGGCUGCACUAGAAUCUAAAUACCAAAAGCUGUAUGAACCAUUGUAUUCAAAGAGAUAUGAAAUAGUAAAUGGGGUUGUCGAAGUGGAUGGUGUUGAUGAAGCUCCCAUGAUCCAGGGCGAGGAUAAUGAGACUGAAAAUGAGAAAGGUGUUCCCAACUUUUGGCUGACUGCAAUGAAGACUAACGAGAUAUUGGCAGAGGAGAUCUCUGAGCGUGAUGAAGAAGCCUUGAAGUACCUCAAGGAUAUCAAGUGGUGCAAGCUUGAUGAUCGAAAGGGCUUUAAGCUUGAAUUCUUCUUCGAUACAAACCCUUUCUUCAAGAAUUCUGUCUUGACUAAAACCUAUCACAUGAUUGAUGAUGAUGAUGAUCCCAUAUUGGAGAAGGCCAUAGGGACCAACAUUGAAUGGUAUCCCGGUAAAUGCUUGACACAGAAGAUCCUAAAAAGGAAGCCAAAGAAAGGGUCAAAGAAUGCUAAAUUCGUAAUUAAGACUGAAAGCUGUGAGAGCUUUUUCAAUUUCUUUAAUCCACCCCAAGUACCUGAAGAUGAUGAUGAUGAUAUAGAUGAAGAUGCGGCUGAAGACCUGCAAAAUCUAAUGGAACAAGAUUAUGAUAUUGGCUCGACAAUCCGAGAUAAAAUAAUCCCCCAUGCUGUGUCAUGGUUUACUGGUGAGGCUGCUGAGGGGGAUGAAUUUGAAGAUAUUGAAGGUGAUGAUGAAGACGAAGAUGAGGACAAAGAAGAGGAUGAUGAUGAUGAUGAUGAUGAUGAUGAUGAUGAUGAAGAUGAAGAGAAGAGCAAAAAGAAGAAGAGUGCCAAAGCACAAGCUGGAGAACGUCCUCCCGAGUGCAAGCAGCAGUAG